AAAACCAUUAAUAAGCAAUGUUUGCCUAAAAACGUGUUCGCCAUUCAGUAAUACUUUAUAGGUUAUCUCAAGCACUUUUUAUAGCUCUACUAGAAAAGUUAUGUCCGAGAGCAAUAAGUUAGGUCGUUCUUCGUUUUGCAUCGAAAGCCUUUUGAAUCUUCCUCGUGCUCCUGUAAUAGAAACAAAGGCAGAAAAAACUGAAUUGUUCAAAUCAGAAACUAUGGUAGCGACAUCUUUGGUGUCAAAUGAUAAUAUGUCAUUGAAAGAAAGAGAAGGUGUAAAGACGAGAGAGAGUUUUGAAGACAAAAAAACGAAUAUUAAUGAACGUAAAAGACCAAGAACGGCCUUCUCAGCUACUCAAAUCAAGGAACUUGAAGAAGAAUUUGAGAGAAAUAAAUAUCUUACGGUUGCUCGAAGGAUUGAAAUGUCUAAGUCUCUAAAACUUACUGAAACACAGAUAAAAAUUUGGUUUCAAAAUCGUAGAACAAAAUGGAAACGGAAGAUGGCUGCUCAGAUGGAGUACGCUCAUAAUUUGUAUACUCAGAGUCUAUUUAGUCAUUCAAAUGGAAUGCCAUGUUUUACGACUGGAAAUUUACAAUAUUUUGAUGGAAGCUACCGUCCACCUGAAAAUUUCUAUUGUUGUCAUCCUAACAAUUUAUUAAGAAAACAGUUUCCCAUUACAAAACCAUCUUAUAAUUUAACUUCGAACUUCUCCCAAGGAUAUUUUCCCAGAUAGUCUACAUUGUAAAUGACUACUAGGUGGAAAUAAAAUAUAUGUACAUUAGCAAUUAUAUCAAAUCUUUAAUAAAAUGGUUGAUUUUCGAUUGGCAA